AUGAUGGAGGCGGCGUGGCCGCCGAUGCCACGAUCCACGAUUAGAAUUGGAUUCUAUGAGGUGGAAAGGACAAUCGGCAAAGGCAACUACGCCUGCGUAAAGCUAGCCAAACAUCGCGUCACCAAAACCGAAGUAGCGAUCAAAAUCGUCGACAAAACCCGGCUCGACCAGGACAACCUCAACAAGGUCUAUCGCGAAAUCGAGGUCCUCAAACGGCUCAACCAUCCCCACAUCAUCAAGCUUUACCAGGUGAUCGAAACGACAAACAUCCUGUAUCUAGUCACGGAAUAUGCUCCAAAUGGAGAAGUUUUUGAUCUCAUUUCACGUCACAGUCGUCUUUCCGAAGAGGAUGCCAGGGUCAAAUUCUGGCAGUUGAUCUCAGCCAUCGAUUAUUGCCAUCAAAAUGGUGUUGUACAUAGGGAUUUGAAGGCGGAAAACCUGCUGCUCGACCAGGGCUCCAACCUGAAAAUUGCCGACUUUGGAUUCAGCAAUUUCUUCAAGGGAGACGAGCAACUGAACACCUUCUGCGGCUCGCCCCCUUACGCCGCCCCCGAAGUGUUUGAAGGCCGUCAGUACUCCGCGACAAGCCUUGACAUUUGGAGCCUUGGCGUCGUCCUCUAUGUUUUCGUCUGCGGUGCUCUACCUUUCAACGGACCUACCCUCCAACAUCUGCGAGAUCGAGUCCUAAGUGGACGGUUCAGAAUACCUUUCUACAUGUCCCAAGAAUGCGAAAAUCUCAUCCGAAAAAUGUUGGUCCUCGACCCGGCCAAGCGCCCCACCAUCGAACAAAUCAAAAAGCACAAAUGGAUGCAACAGGGAAAUGUACAAGAACGAAUUGAAGCUGAAGUCGCCAACUACGAAAAAUACACCUACAAUGAGCCUCAACAGCAGAUCCUGAACCUUAUGCAUGGAAUGGGCGUUGAUCAAAGCAAAACAAAAGAGUCUCUUCGAAAACGGCAAUACGACAAUUUUAUGGCAAUUUAUCUGCUGCUUUUCGAUCGCUGGCGAAAUUCUACCCUGGAAACUACUAGGCGUAAAUCUGAGUCGCAAUGUGGCCUUCAUCGUACCCAGACGGACCCAGACUUGCAACGCCAAGAAGAAGUUAUCUCUAUCAAACGGGCGCGUCCACUAUUGCACUCUCUGCGGGAUCACAACACCUUUAAAACCACCGAUACCACCACAUCCAGUGGAUAUGACGACCGUGCUUCUACAUUAAGUCGACAGAGCACUGUUAAUACGAUCGGAAGUAUUGAUGAAGGGGUGGAGAUGGACAUGGCCGGAAAUGGUGGUCAGGGUAUGGGCAUGACGUCUGGAGAUGAAAUGCUGGAGACAUCUCCAUGCACUCUGGAUGGGUUAGACACCAUUGAGACCGACUUGAUGAGCAGCUUGUCGUCGUGUCCAGCAAGUAGAAGUGAUGGCAGUCAGCAUAGCCAAGGACAACACCCGCUCGUGUCGAUGAACCCGUGCCAAUGUGCGAAUACACCAUCGACAAGCAAUCCUCAAACACAUUCAUCGUUUGGAGAAGGAUGGAGGGCCUCUGACAACAUGGUCUUUGACAAUGCACGCGCUCCGCACUUCCCAACAGGCCAAAUCGGCUUCAUCACAAAGGGAAAAGGAGUGAUGGGCGAAGUAGCAAAAUUCGCUCCUCCGCCUUGCCCGCCAUCACCAGUCGAUCCCAACGUUGAAAAGAUGCAACGAAUGAAGAUCAGCCGGCCACCAGCGGGCCGCAGCAGACCUCCAGCUGUUUGCAAGCGCAUCUCCCUCCCGGAAAGCCUGGAAUUCCAACCUCAGAAGCUGCUGAACAUGAAGCAAGCUUUGCACGUGGAACAGCAGCUCGGGCAGGGAGAGACGACUUUUGACGUGAAGCCGACAAAUCCGUUGAAAGCAAGGAUCAACCAUAAGCAGCGGAUAAAGUCGAGGAUGAGCAUGAUGAGGCAGCAGAGCUACCAAAUGGCGCAAAAACAAAGCGUGAUGACAGGUCUUGCUACUGUGAUGGAUGAGGUUGUGGAAAUGAUGGAAACCCAUCUGCCACAUCAUCUACCUACACAACUUUCCCCUAUUGAAGAUUCCACGAGGGAAGAUUACGAA